CGUAGAUAACGUAACGUCUCUACUGUUCAGAAAAUUAUUUGAACGUCUCAUUGACAAGAGGACACCGGAGUUACCAAAGUUGCAAACGACAAGAAACAAACAAAACAGCCCAAAGAAGCGCACGAGACUAUAUCGAAAGCUGUUUUCGUACUUUGGAGGUAAAACCCAUGACGGAGACAGCUGAGUGCCAUUAGAUAAUGCGCUCAGAUGUUAUGGUAUGAAAGUUUUUCUCUAAUAGUUAACUUGCAAGGAACUUGGUAGCCUGUUUGUAAAGACCAAGCCCAAGCCCAAGCCAAUGCUGUCAGCAGUGCUGCUCCCUUCUGAGUCAUGCACUGAGGCAAAACAAAUCUGCCCAUAGCUGCAAAGCUAACAAGACGUCGAGCACGCGAGUGCCUGUUUAUUUGACUCCUUUCUAGGGUUCCCUUAAUACCCAUCUACCUCAGACUAUUCAAUACUUGGUCACCAUCAUUGCACCGCCACCUGCCUCUCAUCGCUUGAAGCCAUGGCUGCUAAUAGGAAUGCUUUAGCCCUUCACAAAGUGAUAAUGGUGGGCAGUGGCGGCGUGGGCAAGUCAGCACUAACAUUGCAAUUUAUGUAUGAUGAGUUUGUGGAAGACUAUGAGCCCACUAAAGCUGAUAGCUACAGAAAAAAGGUGGUUCUGGAUGGAGAGGAGGUCCAAAUCGACAUCCUUGACACAGCUGGACAGGAGGACUACGCUGCCAUUCGAGACAACUACUUCCGCAGUGGAGAGGGAUUUCUCUGUGUGUUCUCCAUUACAGAAUCAGAAUCCUUUGCUGCUACUGCUGACUUCAGAGAACAGAUCCUUCGGGUGAAGGAGGAGGAGAACGUACCUUUCCUGCUGGUGGGAAAUAAGUCAGACUUGGAGGAGCGACGGCAAGUUGGGGUGGAGGAGGCAAAGGCCAGAGCAGAGCAGUGGGGCGUCAGCUAUGUUGAAACUUCUGCUAAAACCCGUGCCAACGUAGAUAAGGUGUUUUUUGAUCUUAUGCGUGACAUCAGAGCCAGAAAAAUGGAAGAUGGCAAAGAGAAAAAUGGAAAAAAGAAGAGGAAAAGUUUGGCAAAGAGAAUUCGGGAAAGAUGUUGCAUUUUAUAAAGACUGUGUCAAUGUGCACUAUUAUGCUAAUGUCUUUACUCCUCAACUGCUUCCAAAAAAACAAUUAAUCAGGUUAUAUCACUCUCCAGCCAAAACUGCUGGAGAUCAACUCUUAAAAACACAUCCAGGCUAUGGUGUGUUCCUGAUACUUUUUGUUGGUGUCUUUUAAUGGGUACAAAAGGGAAUAUCAGAAAUGCAUUACCAAAAUAAUGUCAAACAGAGAUAACUAAAUGGUGUCAUCAUCAAACAAAACAUUUCUAAGCUCAAGCACACCAUUACAGACAACUAUAAUGAUUUCAAUGUUAAAGAUUUUAUGUACUGUGCAUUAAUUACUCAGUUAACCAUCGACUAGUCCAGUUGCUUUUAGUUCUUAAUGUGACUAAACUGUGGCAACAUUGAGUGCUGAACACUAACACUUUCAGUAAAAUACUAUUUGCUAUUUAUGUGCAAGUUUUAGGGGGCUUUUCAGGACCGUGGUGACUUACAACUCCUGUUCUGUUUUACUCAACAUAAAAUCCUAACGAGUAUAUAAAAUCUAUAAAGUAUGGUUUCAGGACAUCAUGUUAAAGGAAGGGUUAGAUUGCUAAUUUUUGCUUAAGUGAAUGUUAAAAUGACUAAUACAAGCUAGAGAAGUAAUAAACCCAGCAGUUUAUUCUUGAUAGGCUUCUUCUGCUGUGUAAACGCAGUGUAAAGCCCAUGCAUUUCAGCAAAGACUUUUGACACUGUCCUUCAUUUCAUUUAAAGGGGUCAUGUCAUGCUAUUUUUUUUUUUUUUACUUUAAGUAUUAACAAUAAAGGUUUUUGCACAUUAAUAAAACAGUAAUAACAAAGUGUUAAAUGACAUUUUUCCACCCUUGUCUUUGGCCCACUGUCUGAUUUGCUCAGUUUUCUGUGCUGUCCCCUUCAAGACUUCAAUAUACACGCCCACUGUGUUAUGACUGGCAAACAUCUUUGAAGUGCAAACACCCUCCGGAAACGCUUGUGGAACUGUUUUUUUCCCGAGAAUAAAUGAAUGAGAACGAGAAAGCGAUUUACAAAAUCCUCUGAAAGCACUCAGUCCAGCUUAUCAUUGAUAGCUAUACACCGAUCAGCCACAACAUUAAAACCACUGACCUAAUAUUGUGUAGGUUCCCCUCGUGCCACCAUCGCAAUAGAAUCCUUAAAGAAAAGUGCUGAACAAAGGUCAGUCCUCAUUCCUAAUGUUUGGAUCUUCAGAAGGAUAUCCAAAGAUGCUGUUUUUACACAAUCAGGAACAAAACAACGUCUGGGGACCUUACUUUACAUCUUAAUUUUUUUUUGUUGGUUUAAAGCAAACUACAUUAAUAAAAGUACCAUUUUCAGAGUAGCAGGUCUAUCAGAUCACAGCGUUGUGGAUGCGGGGAUAUUCAAAUAAAUACACCUUUCCUACAUCAAUAUGGCACCGAUUUCAAAACAAGUUGUUUUGCAGGGUGGGAACAAUAAAUGCUCUUUUCAGACUGGAGAGGAAGUUUUGAGUUUUUAUAGUACAAUGACCUCUCACCUGUAUGUCAAAUUAUCAAGGGAAAUAUGGUUCCUCAUGACUUGACCCCUUUAAUAAUAGCUUAAGCCUAAAUGCAUCAGAUUUCUGUCCCACAGGCUAAUCAUAACCCCAUCUUGCAGUCAAAAGGGCUAUUCAUCAUCCCGAUGUAUGUGUGCAACAGCAGAAUUGGAGAUAUGUUCAGUGGCGUGGAGGUGUCCCAAUUAAUACAUUAUUGUAUUUUGUUACAUAAAAAUGAAACUGUCAUCUGGCUUAGUUCUACUUUACUGUGAAAUACAGGUUGGAAUGUUGUUUUAUUACACAGACUGAAUUGUGUAUUUUAAUAUAACAUAUGCAUUUGAAAUUUUAUUCCACCUUUUAUCCUGUGUAAUUAUAUUUUCUAUUGUAAAUUAAAACAUUUCUGAAUUUUAGUUCUUUGAGGGCAAGAGGGUAAACUUAAUAUUGUGAAAUUAUACUGAUACUAAAACUAAGAAACUCUAAAAGGGCUAUACAUAAAGUGUUUUGUACACCUGGCCCUGGUGGCUACUCCGCAGAUUUGGAGUAAAAAGAACCGGUCACCCUUCGAUAAAAGGUUUUAAAUAAGCACAUCCUAACUUGAAGUUCCAUAUGUACCAUAAAUAAAUGUGAGGUUAACAGUUUCUUUUCACCUAAUUCUGGCAUCUACCAAACAUGUUCUUUUUGCUUCUUUAAUUGCCAUUUGCAGCUACAAAUACACUGUUCCUUUAAUGUUAAUACUGUGAGAUAAGCAUGUUUUUCUUUUGCUCUGUUUAAUCUGUCACAGUGUGUUGAAAUCCCACAACAAAGCUACUCUUGAUUGGUCUUGUGUGGUAAAUGUGCCGUGGGGUUAAUGAUGCUGACAUCAUUUGAACAGCUGAUGCCUCGGACCCCAACUCAUUGCUUGAGUGACUUUAAGCUUUUUAAAAAAAUUUACAAUUCAAGAGAUUUCAAUAUUAAGCCUCUAUUGUUUGCGUCUCUAUAAUACACUCAGCUGAAAUGUCUUCAUUUCAUUCUGUGCUUUCUAUAUACAUUCUAUAUGGAACUAGCUGACAACGAAGACAAAGAAAACAAUGGAUUUAAAAAGCAACUGACAGCACUGAUGUAAUAAUACAACAGUAGCUGUCUGUAAUUUUGGUGAUAAGAAUGUUGAGUGAAAAAUAAAACAUUAAAGUAUACUGGAUUUUAAAAUGUAAAAUGUUAUGUUUCUGUUACAUUAAUAAAAAUCUAUUUUUGUAGAUCUAUAAUGAGUCAGUGAUCAGAUUUGAUUGAUAUCAUGCAGCAAAAAAGUGUAAUACCCACAAAUAAUUUUCCCAGAUGAGAAAUAAACUUGGAAGAGAUGUGUAUAAAUGUUAUGGUAUCAACAGUAAAAAUAAAUAAAAAUAAUGUUAAGAAUAACUUAAAGGAGUAUUCCGGAUUCAAUACAAGUUAAGCUUAAUCAAUGGCAUGAUGCUGAUAACCGCAAAUAUAUUUUGCCUCGUCCCUCCUUUUCUUUAAAGAAAAAACCGAGGUAACAAUGAGACACAAUGGAAGUGAAUGGGGCCAAUUUUUGGAGGGUUUAAAGGCAGAAAUGUGAAACUUGUAAUUUUGUGAAAACACACAUUAAUUCUUCUGUUAAAACUCCUUUAUUACUUGAGCUUUAAAAUGGUUUAAAAGGUUGUUUUUAUGGUCAUUUUAGGGUUAAACAUUAUGUCAUCAUGGCAACAAAGUUGUAAAAUUGGUUAUAACUUUACAUAGAAAAGGUUUGCAAGUGAUUUUAUCACACUUAAAUCAUGUUAACACACAUUGUUUAUGUCUUGUGGCUAUACUUUUGAAAUGGUGAGUUUUAAUGUUUACAGAUUGUACCCCAUUCACUUCCCUUGUAAGUGCCUCACUGUAACCUCGAUUCUUUCUUGCUGUUUAAAAG